UUUGCAUUGCGGUUCUAUUCAAAAACCCUUCCAGCAAGUUGGUAGACCACGCUGGUCGGGAUAAACUUAAACGAUCCAGCAGCACAAUAAAAGGGACGCAAGUAGAAGUAGCACGCUCGCAGGAAUUCGACGAAGUGCUAAGUUGUCUUCAAAAAUCAGAGCGGCAAAAAACUAUGGCUUCCCAGCACGGCACGGUGGCUGGCCGCAAGGUCAUUCUGGUCGGGUAUGGGAGACUCAAACGUUACUUUGUUUGAUGUAUACUUGAUUUGUCAUGCAAAAUUACCAUCAUCUUCAUCCGCCUCCGCCUCGCUUCAUAUGAUCCAUGAUUAAGCUACUUACUUCUUUCCAAUUUUGUAAUGCAAGAGGACUGGCAAGGUCACCCUUUCAUCUAUUACUAUUUUGGUAUUUUUGCGUCGCGAAUUCGUGCAACCGCUAGCAGUGUGGCGUCGUUUGGGGACUCCAUAUCGGCGACGCAGCUGUUGGAAAGACGUCGCUCGGCAAAGGUUUAUUGCUGGCUGCCUCACGACGGAGUGGAGAAAAAGCGAUCUCCGAAAAAAGUGGAAGAACUAGAAGUAGAACAGGCGUAGGGCCACUUCUAGAAGAAGCAAGUGGAAGCGCUGCAGCAUUUUCUUCAUCGUCACCUCCUAGUGAUAGUGCGGUGCUGCAUAUGAGAGUGCACAACUCGUCCCCCUCCCCGUCAUUUGUCAUGCAAAAUGCCUAGUCCACCCUUUGCCCUUUGGAACUGCUUGCGUGACAGGUUUCCGAAGGAGCCGAAACAGCACUAGAAUUGGUCGUGAAAGUGAAUGCGUCAUGCAAAAGCUGCAUCUGUGCAGCCAGCACUUGUGUUGAUGCCAUCCAAAUGUGGGACGGGAGAGGCAAUUGUUCACCCUCAUACUACAGGCUGCACGUGUCGAGGGCAGGGCCGGGCAAGACCAAGAAACUCCUCUGGGUGAUCAAGAAAAGCGUCAGGAUCACGAAAAUCUUGCAGCAGGAGCUUUCACUUCGCAAUACCAUCCCACGGAAUACCAGACGAAAACGCUGGUGUCUUCAACAACAACAUCCUCCCCCACUGCUGCAGGAUUGUUCGGUGAAGUAGAUGAAAAAACUUCUUUUCUCCUGUGCGAUUGCGGUUUCGGAGGUGACCAUGUGCACCGUGCGCUUGCCGGCUACUUUCGCGAUGCGCGGUUGGCACUGUUAGUGUACGACGUGACGAGCUUUGAGGACACAUUCGACGGUGUGAAACAUUGGCACCGGCAGAUUUUGGGAAACCCGCGGGAGUGCCCCGACUGCGUCAUGCUUGUGGUCGGUUGUAAAGCAGACGGAGUGGAGGUCGACGACCUCCAGGACGAUAAAAAUAAAGUUAAAGAUCUGCUGCAGCACGGAAAUAAUAAGACGAAUGCAGCUGUUAAAGAACAACAUUACCAGAUGCGGAACAACAAUAACUUUUGUCUGCAUGAGCAGUUGGGCCCGGUGCCUGGAGAGCUUUCCUCUGAACAAGUCGCGGAAGUUACCCCACAGAAAAAAGCAGGCAGGGGAUAUCGAUAUUAAUUUGUAAUGCCGCGAAAAAUGAAUGUAUGGGCGGCCCCGUAGCAUGCUGUCUAGGAUACGCGAUGCAGUUUUUUUUUGUGUCUCUAUUUUUGCAUUUUUACAAAUUCGACCUGCGUGCUUUUUUCUGUGUGAUACAAGUGGCGGACUUCUGCGACGAAAUGCGGUUGUUGCACUUUUUCACGUCCGCGAAAACGGGGCUUAACCUUUCGGCGCUGUUGACCCAAAUUUCCUCCCUGGUCGCGCUCACUGCGAGUAGUCCAGAAGCAGGGACGAUGACUUCGAGUGGUCCUAGCACUUGCUUGUUGCCGAACAGUGCGAGUGCCCCCGGCGUCGGGGGCACCGGUAUGACGAGAAAAGUGAACAUUCUCAGCACAGGAGGUGUUCCCAGCAGUAGAAACAAUUAUGUCUCAACUACUUCUUCCUCAUCCUCUACUUCGGCAGAACAAGCGAGGAGGAAAGAGCCAGACUUCUUAACGCAGAUGAGCAGGAAGCUGCUUUUCACCGCUCCAGUUCCGAAAAUCCUGGUUGUCGGGGGUUUUUCCGUAGGGAAAACCACGCUUAUCCAGCGGUGGCAAGAAACGGCCGGCGCGGCGGUGCCGUGUUACUUUCAGGAGUACCUGACGCUGCCCAGGAUUCUGCCGCUGCACAAGGCCACGCCCGUCAUCUUCGUCUACGACGUGACAAAGCUGGAAUCGGUGCAGUACCUGCAGCAACAACGCGGCGCGAUCUUGACCACGCUCGAGAAAAACGCCGGCCCAAUCCUGGUCCUCGGAUUGAAGUAUGACUUGGUAGAAGAACAAGCUCCUGCUGUUGCGAACCACGACAAAAAAGGACCAAGAAGACGCUCACCCUCGGACGAGGAGCAGAACGACGGAGAGAGAGCGGUAGAAGCUGGAGGUAAGGGGCAUCAAGGACACGAACACGACGACGAUCAUGAUCCCGUCGCUCGCUCGGAAAAUUAUCGACGCGUGGCGCGGGCGGCGGCGGAAUUCGCCGCCGACCUGGACGCUCCGCACGCGUGUUAUGGAAGUGUCAGGUUUGAAAUCGUAAUCGACAAAGUUGAGAUGAUUUGUCUUGCAUUUUAUGCAAGGCAUGAGUUGCCUGUCUUGCCGGGAUGGCACGUGAGGCAGAUUGUAAGCCUGUUGAGAGGUAGAAACAGAAAGGGAGCUGGCAAAGUAGCAUGACAAAAGGCGUCGCCCUUACCCAAACAGCAUGGCAAACUGGAUUUCGGUUCGAUCCAAAUUUGUCACGCGCCACGUGGAAACUGGGUUACAGCUGACAUCCAUUUUAUGCAUGACAGAUCAUUUCAACUUUGACGAUUUCGAUCCUGACAGUUCCAUACGUGUUGCAGUGCGGUCGAGAAUACGUCGCAGGAACUCUCCCUUCUGCUGCAAGCCUUUACGACGAAAUGGUAUAUAUUAAUCUACUAGUACCUCAGAUGAGCAAGUGGUCAUCGUGUCGCAACAGCUAUGAGUAAGUUACUGACUACGUGGUCCUGGCGUUUAUUUUCUAAGUAGGUGCGUUCUACUUCCAGAUGCAGAUCUGCCUAGUCAAUAUGUAAACACGACCACUGUUGACCUGCUAUUUCGCAUCCUGAUCCUUGUUGUUACCUGUUGGCUCCACGACCCAUAGCGCAAAGGUAACAGUACAAAGACAUCAGAUCUCUGACGUGCGUUCAUGUUCCGAACAAUUUUAGAAAAAAAUGGUACAACUUUCCUUCAAAACAGCACCGGCAUCGAACCUGCGACGUCGCUGCCGCUAGAAGAGCAGCGGCUUGCCGCUUUGGAGACAAAAUUGGCGCUCACGCAAAGGCAAUUUCAUGCGAACAGUAAGAAGUCCCGCGACUCGCUUGGCACUAAAAAGCACGAAGAACUACAGGUCGGAACUUGCGACCCUGCUGCUGCUGGGGCGCUACAGGCUUCGCGGCCGAUUUCCAAGCUUUCCCUUGGCGAGAUGACGGUGUCAGACUUCGGAAGUGCACGGAUGGUAUCACCUCUGCAAAAGUAAUAUCCUAAUCCUACAUGUCCUAAUCACAGUCUUGCAUAGGUGGCACAUGACGGAAGACAAAUCACCACCAUGAAAAAAUUAUCCAAACUAGAACUUUACGAGGAAAUUUCCACGAAUGAGAAAUAUGCUACUUUUGCAAUGCAUAGAUGGAGAUGCAGAUGAGCAACCCGGGUGUAAAUCUAGCGAAACCCCCCGCUCUGUGGCCGAGGUUCUCGCCGGGCAAAAUGAAUGAAAAUUCGGCGUUGAGUGGCUGUACGGGGGUCGUCGAGAGCGGUAACUCGAACAAACCCGCAGUAGACCUGUUGAACCUAGAGAAAGCGAACGAGGUCCGGUCUAGGUACCUGCAUCUCGACAAGCACAACAGAGUUAUUUCCGACGACCACGAGGGACCUGUGGCGGACCAGAGUUUUUCGCUUGCUGAAGGCGAAGAGUCACAGUCGGUGUUGACGAUCGCGCCCAGCAUGUUGCCGUCUGAGCAUGACUAUCCAAUGCUCCUGCAAAUAUAGUAUCGCUUCCUACAAUGUGGAAUCGCAGAACAAAAAUCUUCAAACUUGUGAAGAUGCUGGGUUAUUCCGGGGAGAAGAUAGAAAUCUGUCAUGCGGUAAUCAAGGCUAGUCCUAAUGCAUUUUUUAUUGUAGUGCGAGUGCGAUUACGAUACUUUUUCAGUUGAUACACAGAACGAUGACGUCGACGGAGUAUCAGGGGACCAUGCAACACGACUUCCUGCCCCGGUAAACAACAGCGACCUGGUUUUGCUCAACAACAACCUUACUUGUGCCGAACAAAGUAAAGACAUACACUUUCAUCUGCACGAGGAAAAGAUUAAUAAAUCUAAAUCGAGUACCAGGAGAAUCGAGCUGCUGAAGAAGCAGCACCUGCUCCAGAAGCAGGACAUAUCGAUACUGGACGAGGAUCUGGAGGAGGAGAACUCUUAACACACAGAAAAAAUAAAAAAAAGCUAGUAUAUCUCUUUGCGUUUGCAAUGAUGAAAAAAGAACGCACAACAUGCGCUUCCGGCAUGAGCAAUAAGCCCGACACAGCCCGCUUUUAGUGAGAUUUGCAGGUGAAGUCUGUUUGUCUAUUGAUUUUGAUUUGUUUUUGCUUCACUACAAUACUCGCUUUUCUUUGUGUUUUUCUGUGGGAUAAGUCUGCCACCGUACCCAACCCGCGCGGCACCGCGCCGCAGCCGAUUGAGUUCGAGGACGCGCCCCCGAUGUCGACGUAUUCCCUGAAAAUUAACCAUCCCCAUCCAAUUUGUCAUGCAAAACAUACAUACAAUCAUGUGUUUGUCAUGCAAAAAGUGGAUGGGGAUGGUUAAUUUUCAGGGAAUACGACGCGUCGCCCUCGAAUUUUGGUAGCGACGGGCGGUAGUACAGAGCACGAGGUUGUUGGCGCGGCGAACAACGGUAGCAAAAAAACGAUGAACCAUGGCGGCGCUGGCGUAGGAGGGCCAGAACUCUCCUUGCCGGUACUUUCACCGGCUGGCGACUUCGUAGGUGGUGCAGCAACUUCUAGCGCACAGAAUGCGCAACAAGUUCACCUGAUGUCCACUUUCACAUUGCACUCAGCCGGAGGCGCCGGAGACAAGACUAUUUCGCUUCUGCCGGCAGCAGUUGAUGAUGUAAGCGAUUGUAAUGAUGUAACUCAAGACUUUUCGUUCAUGAAUCACGAACAACUCGCCGACUCGCCCUCCCGGAAACGCGAUACUAUCCUGUACGACAGGCAAGAACUACAACCGAGGACAUCUUCUUCCGCUGAAGCGGACCACGCGAGUCGACCAGGACUGUUUGAGGACGUUGCACCUAUUGUCCCCACGACCGACGAUCAAGAUAUUACAGCAGGGAUGAUGCUUGCUGCGUUUGCGCCCGCGGCUUCAAAAAACGAUCAGCAACGAACGAAUGACGCAGACCCGGGGGCGGAUGAAGAUGAACAUGAAGAUAUUCCAAAGCGGGACGCAAAAAAUCAUGUUGAUGAGCACGCGGAAGCUCCUACAUCCGCCCAAAGAUCUAACCCAGGCUCGAAGUCGUUUACUUCUCCGAGCAAGCAACUUCUGAGCACGACAGGUGGUGGCGAAGAUCUUCCCAGUGACGGGACGACUGGCGGAGGUCUCAGGACCUCCACUUCCUCCAGCCGCGCAACGGCCUCGAAAGAGAAUGCAAACGAGGGUGGACCACAGCGGCAGCAAGGAGAAGGAAUGAAGAAUCAAGUCGAGCUAGCGGCUGCAUUAUGCCUUGGACGGUCGUUAGCAUACAGGCGGGUGAAUUUGCAGUGAAUUUGUAUUGCAUGACUUGCAUUUACUUUCAAAGAGAAUUAUGCGCUGCGUAAAGGGCUGGACACGGGCCCAAGCAGCCCACGCAGCGUGAAGGGCUGCUCGUCGCCCGGUGGCAGUUGCAGCACCGAAAGAAGUGGUCUUGCGGGGGCCCGCCGGGCUGUGUAGUGCAUAUGUAACCAAAGAAGGUGGAUCGUGGGGCUCUUGUUCAUCUGCGCGUCUGCCUCAGAAGUUCCUCUCUGGAAUGGUCGAAAGGGACGUAGGGCGACGCCUGAACACAGGGGCACUAGUUCAACACGUGCGCUCUCAUGAGUUGUGGUCGUGGCUUGGAAUUGGAUAUCUGGGAGCAGCCUCGGGUGAAAGGGAAGGCACGACUCGGCCACGGGCACUAGCUUGCUUCGCCUGCUGCUGUGCUCGGCUUACAACUCCCCAGGUGUGUUUUUGCCUCCGGAGAAAGUCUUUUUCGACGUGGCUCCCAGGUCAAGAAUUCUCUUGGUGAAUUUUGAAGGUUGUUGUUUUUGCGACACUUUUUUGAAGCCCCAAAACCCGGAGUUUCCCAUGCGCUAGCGAAUUUUGAACAGGAGCUGGAGGCCAAAACUCACCGGCGCCCUUUUCAAAAUUCACCCCAAAAUUCACCGGGCGCCCCUUUUCGACCGUGAUAAGCAAACUUUAGCGCAGAAAAGUGCUCAAGAAAGUCCGCAAAUAGGCCCUGGGAAGUGGGGCCGAGGGGAAAAAACACGCGCCCUCUGUUGCCCUGUGCCCGUCUAUAUUCUGCCGAAAAGGCCUGGAGAGCCCAGCAAGGAGAAGGAAUGAAGAAUCAAGUCGAGCUAGCGGGGGCUGCACACGUCGUCCUCGGAGCAGCACAGCCAACAUCCGACGCGGCCUCGUCCUCUGUGCAUGCGUCUGCCGCCAGCUCAGUGGAAACCACGCUGCAGCCGUUGAUUGAAAGCGCAGCGGUGCGGGAGCAACUGCGCCUGGAAAAGGAAAUGGCAGAGCUCGAUACGCGAAUGCAAAUUUGUGAUAUGUAGUUUUCAUACCCCACACGUACAAACCUAUGUAUAACUUUCACUGCAGUUGUUCAGCACUCGUGAAAGAAAAACAAGAACGAGUGCAUGAUGGUGCUGAACGUAGAUGAUGAUGAAGAUUUUAUAUCGGAAACAUAUUGUAGUUUGGUACACAAGAUGAUAAUGAUUUUGUAUCUAACAACGUGUGUGGUAUUGAAUUUUCCUCCUGAUACUGCAGGAAGCCAUUGCACGGGCGCGGCACAACGUGGCUGUGCUCAAGGCAGCGGACAGUUUGUCAGCGUCCAAGAAAAGUAGCAGCGCUAAGUCCUCGAAGCUAUGCAUUGCAAAAGGAAAAGUAUCGCAUCUACAUCUAGUAGACAUUUUUCAUGUUUUUUUUCAGAAGGAUUUUGCUAUGCUAGGGAGUUUUGUCAUGAUGCAUCAUGACUGCAAUUAGUAGUAGUACGAUUGCGAUAUGACUUUUGCACAUGAUAGAAGCUGUCCUCUACCUCCAACUCUGUCCUCGCGCCGGGGUUUUCGAAAGACAACUACGGGGAACGAGUUGUAGGUCAUCGUGGCGCCGCUGGGAAUAAGAGGCAUGCCGUCGACGAUGAGGGUAUGUUGUGUAGUAGAACAAAGGGUAUCACCAGUAGAUACAACAAAUCCGCAAGCAGCACUGCUUCCUCCUCGCGUAGAAGCCGCAGCGACGCAGGUACUAGCGCUGCCGCCGCGGCUUCGAAGUUGGCCUACAAGACCACCAAAAAUUUCCGCAAGAGCCGGUUCGUUGCUGCAACGGACGGAGUCGGAGGUCCUGCGGAGGAGCAAAAAGAACGCCACGCCGACGAGCUCCUCGUCCCGCAAGACAGCAACAGUAACUCCUCGUCCCUCAGUAUUAAACCUACGCCGCGCGGCAGCACGCCGGCCACUUCGGCCAGAGCAAGUGUGAAAGAACAGGUGAAAAACUAUGCCAGGCAGCUCGCCGGAGCCAAGUCCGAGUCCAAGGGGGCGCGGAGGACCGGUAUUGGGAGUAAUUAUCUGGGAGAUCAACAUGCACAUGCUGAAGAUCAUCUUCACACUCCUUCAUCUACUUCUGGGAGAGCAGGAUUUCAUUGCUCUCCGCGCGGCGACGGUGGAUCUUCAUUCGAAGCGGCUGGCACAGAAACAACAGAUGAGGUUGGCGCGACGAGCAAUUUCUACAUGACGACGCAUCAAAGGCCGGACGUGAUGCUAAAAAAUCAAGACCCAUCCUCAUCUUCAUCCAAAUCCAAAUCGUCGUCCUCCAUCUCCGGCGCUGCACUUGCCUCAGCCAGAAACAAUGUUCCCGAUAAUUCGGCUGCACCUCCCAAGUCGAGUGCGCGUUCGAGUUCCGGCUUGCAGAAUAGCCAGAAUCUCUUGUUCACGCGACACUCCGUCCGCGCCGAGUUGCUGGCGAGACCAACGAUGAACUCCACCGCGAAGGCGAGGAACAAAAUUGAUCAGCAGAAUCAAUACUAUCAAGAAAGUCCGGCUAAAUUAAAGCAACCUAGCUCGUCAUCAUUAUCGCCGGCAAAAGGAAAACAACAAGUUGUAGGAACAAACAAUGAUAAGCUGGCUGUGCUGCCCCCCUCUUCCGCCCAGAAGCAAACGGCAUCGAGUGCAGCAGCAGUUUCCCAAAACUUUCGUCAGUCGCGAACAAGAACAGGCGGAAAGGGAAAGAGGAGCAAUGCUGAGGCCGCCACUGGGUCUGUGCCGAAGGCCUUGCAGCGCGGACUUUGUCCCGCCGGCGGGCCGGACCAGGACUUGCGCCGUGAAUUCAGAAGAAAUUCUGCAGGACGACUAGCUCCACAUCAGCAAACGGGCUUGGGCACUGCAGUAGAGCAGGACUACCCUCCUCCUUCCUCGAGCCGCUUGAGCUCCACCCUGCGUAGCUCGAUCGUCAGCAAAUCCAGGUCGUCGACUGGGACAAAAUUAUCCCGGUCCGGAAGCAAGAGCUUCAACACGGGCGACCCGACACCCGGGGACUGGACGCAAGACAUGCGUCGCCAGUUGAGUUUUGCGCUAGGCGGCGGACCUGGUGGUCCAGGAGCUAGUGUGAAUGGUCCACCUGCUCACGGUCGUCCGUACAUGAUGGGCGGCAGCAGCUACCAGCAGAACAACAUGGUUAUGGCUCCGACCAUGAACAAGAACAACCUCGAGCAGGAGCAUGACCACCAGCACAAGCAGACGGCGCAAGAACAACUCCCUGGAGCCGCGGCACCGCACGCCGGAACAACGGCCUCAACCGCGGUCUUGCGGAACUGCGACGGGCUGGGCCUCAUCCAGUUCCAAUUUAACCCCGUGGCUCGCGGGAGCGGUGUUGCACCGAGCGUGAACAGUUCAAAUUCAUGCGGAGGUCAACACCAACAGCGAGUAGUUGUUAACACAAACAUUGCAAGCCGAGCGAGUUUGCUGAACGUGAGGAAUGUGGUGGAACACCAACAAGGCCAGCAUAGCCAUUCGAAUUCCCAAGCGCAACUUGCAGCGGACCAGACUGCUGUGACCAACGUCAUGACCGGCUCUUCUACAACGUCGGCUCUUGGUAAAAUAUUACAAGCACCAGCACUAGCUCCAUCUUUGGCCGCCCGAGAGCAGCAGCAGCAGCAGCAGCGGUCUUACCAGUUUCGGUCCUUGUCUCCGCCUCCAGGGGGGCGAUCGCUUCUGAACUGCGACAACCAGGGAACAAACGGAAAAACAUUAAACGGAGGAGCUGCAGCAUCUUCAAGCGCGCAGCCCCACAUGAAGAUGACCUCAUCUAACCCGGUUAUGAUCAACAACCUCAACACACGCGCUGGCGCACUGUCCCCUCCGAUCGCGACUCGACGCCCGGAACCCGUCCACUCGUCGCAGUCCCAAUUUCAGCCCCUGACGGUCUCCACCGGGCGUGCCUGCCGGGGUGUUGGCGGGUUUCCUGGCUCGCAGAAAGCGCUCCCACGACAGGUGUCCGCUGAGGCUCCGGAGCCGCCAGCUUUCGUGGGACCGAGGAUGAACAAAAGACAAGUAGAGACGAUGGCGGUUGUGAAGGAUAAGAAAUCUUCGAAUCAUUCUUGGAACAAAGAACAGAGCGCAGCAUCAUCGGCGACAGAUGUUGGGGGUGCAGGGAAUAUCAAGAAACCAGUACCAAAACACAAAGAAUCGUCGUCCUUUCGGACGAGAAACAGGAACGCACAAACAGGACGAGACCAUGCAGCUGUUGAUCACAAGAAAAGCUCCGGCCGCCAAUAUGGUGGGAUCAAAGCCGGCGGCGUUGGCCCCACGAGCACGACUGGGAAUGGGAAGAGCCUGUAUGGCGCUAGAAAUAACGGCAACAAGAAUAAUUCGGCCGCCGACAAUUCGCUGGAAAAUACCCAGCAAAUGUUGAUCAAAUCUGCGCGCGCGUACAGCACCCCUCCGACGUCCAGUCGCGGCGGCAGAAACGAAGACGUCGGGCAGCAGCAGCAGCAGGAUCAAAACCAGCGUCAGAAUUUUCUGCAGCAUCACGUCCAGUUGAAUUUGAACAUCCCGACUUUCCCCCAGCAGCAACAGCAACAGCCGAACAAUUUUGCAACUGGUGCGCCGAUCCUGCCAACAGGAAUAGUUCAACACCCGUCCGCUGCGCACCAGAAUGUUAACAUGUGGCACCCUGCCGCGAGAACUGGGGGAACAGUGAACAGCAUGAGCUGUCUCCAGAACACAAAUGAAGGUCGCGCGUUGGAAUUGGAACAACAACAAUUUCCGACGCAAUAUGUCAGUGCCGCCACCACGACGUCCUUUUUACACCAGCAGCUAUCCCCGCAACUGCACACACGGAACAUGAAUGCAGUAGGCGCAAGCAUCAAUAACAAUUUCCCAACGAACCAGCCAGCAGCUGGCUCGACUUUUAAGCGUUUCUGCUCCCCGCAGAUGCAAAGCCGGGCCUCUGUAGGCACGACGAACAAUCUGCACGGUCAAAACGAUCCACAACGCCAGCGCCAGAACGGCGUCUUUCGACAGAUGAGUGCGCAUCCCCGGGCGAGAGCAGUCGCAGGGACUGUUCGGGAAAAUAAAAAUCUGCAGGAGGUGGAGCUGGAGGCGGGACAUAAUGAUAUGAACGGGAAGCAAAAGCAGUUUAGCGGACAGCAGAUAAGGUACCUAAGCACGGCUAAUCUGAAGACGAGUUUUUGCAUUUUAUCCCACGCGGAUUACGCCGCGCGGGUUGGCUCUAAAGCACGGCUACGUUGUGCUUUGCUGGACAGAUCAUGGACGUGGCUGUGUUUGUCGCCCACAGUUAGUUGUAAGUAUAUGCCGCAGCGAUAUAGCAUCCGUCCGGUCUCCGUUCUGUAUGAAGAUGUAGCUGAGAGUCAGUGCGUCGAGAAGUAAAGCACUUUUUUACAGCACCACAAGUUAGUACAAAAAACCUGGUUGUGAACAAAAUCUUCAAAACAGCACCGAACCCGUGCCGCCCAUGGUUCCAGCUGGAGGGCACCUAUCAAACCACGGACCAGCAGCCGCAGGGCGAGUACCGCUUUCUUCCGGUGCCCUCUUCCCUCCGCAUGUUUUCCGGUGACCUAGUACCGGUGCUGCGGGGAGCGUAAUAAAGGAUGAACAAGAAGAUGAGCGAUGUCAGUUUUCUUAAACAUCAGAUCCGAGCUUUGAUGAAAAGAUUAACCGUUCUUCGUCGGAAGCAAGAGAUUAUGCUUGUGCAUUAUGUUGGUGCUUAGGCUUGUUUGUAGCGCACAAAAAGCAUCAGAACCAAACCUACUUGCGCGGAAUCAUGCAAAAAAGAGUUUUACAAUUUCAAGGAAACAAAGUAGUCAUCCACCAGGAAAUAAAUGAGCUUACGUUUGCAGAAGAUUGAAUCGCUUCCAUCCGAUUUCCAGAUAAACUCAAAACUUGCCGGAUAAACAUUCGAAAGAAAAUUUUGCAGUAGAGUAAUGAACUACAAAGUAUACAAAAAUUUACAUCUAUGGAGGACCAGUUCCCCGCUAGUUUGUUUCAAAUUCCGAGAAAGAUACUACACAUCGUCCAAAUCCUUCCACCUGCUCUUGCGAUGUUCUGGUGGUCGGAUUGAAGGUGGCAACUUCUAGAGCUACUACAAUAAUUUUUGUACGAAAAUACAGUCCAACACCGAAGAGAGAAUAAAAUUGGGUGCAUCUUCAUACAAAGAACUAUGAAACUUUUCACCCACGAGGAGAAUCCUAUCACGCCUCCUGAGGCAGCAGUGUAAAAUCUUGGCUUUGUUGUAUUCUCACCCACUUUAUUCAUCGUGACACUCUCAGAACUUGUUGUUACAACUGUUUCGUCCACUGUACAAUUUGUUGUUGAGCUUGAAGAACGGGCAGAAAUUUUCCCUGCUACACCAGCAAGAAGCUGACUAUUAAACUUGAGCUAUUGUUUUAUCUUUGGUGCAAUGUAUUUACCUACCAUUGAAUGCGAUUGCGCUUGGACAACAACAUCAGGGGGAUGACUUUUACCACCCCAGCUGGUGGGUGCAGCCGUUUUGCUGAUGGAUUGAUAUAAUCCCCGGCGAUGAAACAAAUCUUGCUAAUGUACCAGAAAGAGCAACAACUUCUUCUUGUGUUGCUCUGACAGCCCCGCAGGAUUGGAAACAAGGAUGAUGUGUUUUUCUUUGCCUUUCCUUGCGCACCAGCAGCACCAGAG